AUGUGCAUAAAGACAGGCCACAAGUGCGAGUUUCCUGAUCCACCGUCUCGACCACCGAAACGGUCACAGCCGCCAACCGCGCCGGAACAAGUGAGAGUCGGACAUCCGAACAAGCGAGUGAAGAAGCUUGAAGAAACGACCACGUCCGAGGAAAGCAAUCUGGCCGAGCGUACUCAGGCACUGCUUUCGGCAUCCUAUCUUACCGUCGAUGUGUGGCUUCAACUCUUCAACAUCUAUAAGCUUCACUUCGCUACAGAGAUCCCUUUCUUGCAUCUCCCCACCCUCAAGGGCAUCAUUCAUGAUAAAGACAUCAAGAAGCCGUCAGCAGAAUCAAAUCUGACCCUGUUGGGCAUUCUGACUCUCACUGCAAAAUUCCACCCUGGCUUGGUCGACUUUGUGGCACAUAUCACACAAGACAAAAUCGCAAGCCCUGAAUCUCGCGCUCUGACAGCGGCUACUGUCGCCCGUGUCCAGGCGUACCUCAUGCUUGGCUUGCACAAGUGGAGCCAGCCGAAGGGCGGCCUAGCUGCAUGGAUGUAUGUCGGCGUUGCCAUACGGAUGGCUCAAGCUCUAAGACUGGGGUUUGGAGACCAGCCUUUGGCCCGCAAGCAAAUCCUGGCGCCGUCUCCUCGGUCAAGUCCAUCUGCUCAACCACCCUCAGACCAGGAGGUCAGGCGCCGUACCAUGUUCAGUUGCUUGAUACUGGAUCGUCUCUUAUCCUGCGGAUCUGAUCGGGUCUCCAUGGUUCAGUCCGAAGAUCUCGAAAUCCAGCUGCCAUGCACCCAAUACGCUUUCGAUCUCGGCCGUAUCGUCUAUACCGAAUUCCUACGCCAGGUACGGCAGGAUGUGGGACGACCAAUCGAUGACAGUCUUUUGAGCCAAUUCGUGCAACUGGCUGAUGUCUGGGGCGACAUCACCAAAUACAGUGUCGAGGGCGGCCGCCUUACGGAAUUGCUUCCGCCGUGGGACCAAGAGUCGACCUUCUAUGGACUGCGUAAGAAGAUAGAGGCCUUUUACGCUCACCUUCCAGAGUCGUUCACCUGGUCUAAAUCCAACCUUUGGAAGAACGGCAGCAGCGGAUAUGUGCCACUCCACAUGUUGGUUGCUCUCUGCAAAAUAAUUCUGCAUCGCGAGAACAUCCCUUUCAUCGCCAUCGAUUGCUCCGAGCCAAUCGGCCCCUUGGAUGAGCUUUCAUUCGAUCCCGGCACUGUUCCCGACGACUUCUGGAAGCGAAGCGCGGAGCAGGUUUUCAAGGCUGGCACUGCCAGCGAAAUCAUCGACCUCGUAUCAUUUUGCCGAAACGAAAUACCUCAUUCGUCACUGGUCAUAUUCGCGAUCUGGCAAGCAGCCCUUGUGGGAACGUACGCAUGGCACUACCCUCACAUGGAUACUCAGAAUCAUAUGGUCGGCAAGGACAUCGAGGAACGGAAUUCGGGGGCCAAAUCCGAGGGCGCGCAGGUGGGAAACGUCAGCAUCGCUCUCCAAGCAUUGAACAAGGUUGCGCCUUACUUGCGUAGGGCCUCCAAGUACGUUAACCCGGAGCAGUGA